GCUCCCCAUUGGCUCCCCACUUCCCCACUCCGCACUCAGCCUCUCACGCCGGCACCAGCUUUCACACAGCGCGUGCGCCCAACGUGUGUGUGUGUGCAUCUGACCCAACGCUGCGCCUCGGACCCCGGUCUAAUUCUUUAGAGAAAUUCAAUUUUCACAACAACAACAACAAAAAAGAAAAGAAGAAAGAUGGAAAAAAAGAGCGAGAUCAACGGGCACGCCGUGCCCAGCAUGGCGUCCACCGGCCGGAUCGUGGAGCAGAGCGCGCGACGGAGCUGCCUGGGGAAGCUCACGGAGUUCCUGAGGAAGAACAUGCUGGUGAUCAUGACGGUGUCCGGGGUGCUGGUGGGCGUCGGGCUCGGCAUGAUGGUCCGCGGCAUGAACCUGACCAAGGCGCAGAUGACCUACUUCGCCUUCCCCGGCGAGAUGCUCCUGCGGAUGCUGAAGAUGAUCAUCCUGCCCCUGGUCGUCUGCAGCCUCGUGUCCGGCGCCGCCAGCCUGGACACCCGCUCCCUGGGGAAACUGGGGGGCAUCGCUGUCGCCUACUUCCUGGUGACCACGCUGAUCGCCUCGGGUCGGGUGACGCUGGCCCUCAUCAUCAAGCCGGGCGUGGGCGCGGGGUCCCUGAGCCUGGGACUGGAGAGCCUCAGCAGCGACAAGGAGACCACCGACUCCUUUUUGGAUCUGGCCAGGAAUUUAUUCCCAUCGAACUUGGUGGCUGCUGCUUUCCGUUCUUAUGCCACUGACUACAAGAUGGUCGCCGUAGGGAACGACACCAAUGGGACAACACUUUAUCAAAAGGUGCCUAUUGGUACCGAAACAGAUGGCAUGAACAUCCUAGGGCUGGUGUUAUUUGCCAUGGUGUUCGGCGUGGCGCUGAGGAAGCUGGGAGAUGAGGGGGAAGAACUCAUCCGGUUCUUCAACGCCUUUAAUGAGGCCACCAUGGUGCUGGUGUCCUGGAUCAUGUGGUACAUCCCUUUUGGCAUCAUGUUCCUGGUGGGCAGUAAGAUUGUUGAGAUGGAAGAUGUGGUUCUUCUGGUCACCAGUCUGGGGAAAUACAUCUUCGCUUCGAUCCUGGGACACGUCAUCCACGGGGGAAUCGUCCUGCCCCUCAUCUACUUUGGCUUCACACGCAAGAACCCCUUCAGUUUCCUGUCAGGCCUCAUCACGCCCUUCACCACGGCCUUCGCCACCUGCUCCAGCUCAGCAACUCUGCCCUCUAUGAUAAAAUGUGUGGAAGAGAACAACGGUGUGGACAAGCGCAUCAGCCGCUUCAUCCUCCCCAUCGGGGCCACCGUCAACAUGGACGGGGCGGCCAUAUUCCAGUGCAUUGCUGCCAUCUUCAUCGCUCAGCUCAACAAUUUUGAACUGAACGCCGGGCAGAUCUUCACCAUCCUGGUCACAGCCACGGCCUCGAGUGUGGGAGCAGCCGGCAUCCCAGCCGGCGGCAUCAUCACCAUCGCCAUCAUCCUUGAGGCCAUUGGCCUGCCGACCAACGACCUGUCCCUCAUGCUGGCUGUAGACUGGAUUGUGGAUCGCACCACCACGGUGGUGAAUGUGGAGGGCGACGCUCUGGGCGCCGGGAUCCUCCACCACAUCAACCAGCAGGAGAUGAAGAAGAAGCAGGAGCAGCAGCAGCAGCAGGCGGAGCUGGCGGAGGUCCGGGUGGAGGCGGUGGCCAACGUUCAGGCGGAGGAGGAGACCUCGCCACUCGUCACGCACCAAACCAAAGCCUCAGCGGCCAUGUCGGAAGCCAUCGAGUCUGUCCUGUGAACUCAGCGAGACUUUUGAGUUUUUCUUGCCCCCUGACCUUUUUUUGACCUUUCGGUACUUCUGAUGUUGCUGCUGACGGGACAACCGUUCUGACUCUUUUUAAUAAACAAGGUCACCACUUGUGAGGGAGGUGCCAGAUAGUAACAGUCUGCCUCUCGAGCAGUCUACAGUACCUGCUGCUGUUGUGCUUUCAAAAUGCGGUCACUUGAUCUCAUUAACUGAGUUACCAUGAAAUAAUCUUAACCCAGACUAGGAUAUAAAGAAUUUGUGAAUUAUUAAUUCGGAAAACAUUUCCUCAAUUUACCUAAAAGUUUUUUUUAGUUUUUUUUUUUACUUGAGUUCAACAUUUUUAUAUUUUUUACAUUUUGAUUAAGGCAUUUUGUGAUAAACAGUGACAGAGACACAUUAUGUGUAAAAUAUCCCUAAAACAUUCCCAUAAAUGUCGUAGUUGCAAUUGUCUGCUGUGCUGUGCUCAUGGCCAUACGUUUGUACAUUAGAGCAUCGUCAUGCGCAUUUCUUUGUUUUUAUCUUCAAACAGCAAAUGCAACAAUCACCAUUAACUGUAGAACACUAACAACUCACCAAAUGCUGAUAAGUUUCUGUCUUAACUUAAUUACACGAUUCGGGAUCCCUGUCCUCAUGUAUUUGCAUUUUAUUUGUUCAGCUCAUUGGCUUUACAUUCUUUGCUGGACGAAAAGUGCAAAUAUUUUGAGUCAAAUCAGAAGGAAAAAGACAACAGUUUUGACUUAUUAUUUCCCAGCUGAUAUCAGCAUUUUCCAAGCGCGCUCCUCUAAUUUUUGUAAUGGAAGCAAUUUAUGGUUGCUUUGUAAUUUGCUCGUUGAGUCUGUGUCGUCUACUAAUAAUGGCUACACACUGACUACUCAGUCGUCUCAGCUAGCUAGCUAUCAAAAGUUUCAAAAUCAAUCAGCAGUUUUUUAAUUGGGAAUUGGGUAAACUGAAAAUUUGUUUGUGUUGGUAUCUUUCUUACCAAUCUGUUACAAAAUACACUCUAACAAUACAUUAAUGUUCGGAUUUAUUUAUAAAGGUGGCCUUGCUAAUUAGUUUUGAGGAAUGCGUUACUAGGGAGUCUGAAAAGUAGCUAGUAGUAGUAGUAGUAUUUGUUUGUUUUGGACUUUGUUUGCUAGCUAAUUAGCCAGCUAAAGCAAAUGUUAACAUCAGCUAACUAUGAUUGUUGCUCUAAUUUCUUAGCUAAUGUUUGCUGAGCUAACAUAUCAGGUGUUUAGACUAAGUUGUUUUUAGCUUACCUGAUACUCGAGUUAGCUAGCGAUUGUAACAAACUAAACAGAUAGAAUGAAAAGAUUGAUUCAUAUCUGCUCCCAGUCAAAAAUAGGACAGAAAUAAAUAUUUCCAGUCCCGCUGAGAUAGCAAACAAGCUACGUAAAUGCCAUCCGCUAUUGUUGUCCAAAAGCUAAAGACCUCCAAAAUGGUGGAGAACUAUUUGAAGGCAUCUUUAUGCGGGUUGUGUAUAGAAGGUAACCAACAAGUUGUGAAACUUUCACGAGAUGAUCGAAGGUUAGGCAUUGACAUUGAAUGGUUAUGGUUAUUGAGCUUGAACGAUUACAGUUAUUUACCCUGAAUGAGUAAGGUUAUUGACCGUGAAUGGUUAAGGUUAUUGACCGUGAAUGGUUACAGUUAUUGACUUUGAAUGGUUAAGGUUACUGACCUUGAAUGGUUAGGGUUAGUGACCUCAAAUGAUUAAGGUUAUUGACGUUGUGGGGUAGAGUUUAGGCAUUUACCAUGGAAGUUUUGUGAGAGUUUUUGUGUUUCUGCAACUUGUGGGAUACCUUCUAGACACGGCCCUUGAUGAGCUCACGGAAUGCUGACAUAAUCUUGAUGAAGGUUGUGUCUAGAAUGUGAAAUUAUCAGGGAAUGCUAAGUUUAGGCAUAGACCUCAAAUGUUCUAAGGCUAGACAUGGAGCUCCAAUGGUUAUGGUUAUGCAUUGACCUCCAAUGGUUACGGUUAGGAUAAGUUCUCUGGCAGCGAGUCUGGCGAGAGUGCCUUCUAGACAUGGUCCUUGAAGACAUUUUCAUGUGACAUAAUUACAGUUGAUCAAACGCUAGUUUGCAAGUAAUUUGUUCGUCAAGAAAACACUCCAGUCUCCCAGAUAUUCAAUGUAUGGUUGUCAGUAGUUCAGGAUUGAGAAAUCCCAGAAAAUCCACAAAAAAAGAAAAUCAAAGCUUCAUCAAAUGUUUACAGGCAAAAACUGGACCCAAAAUGUACGAUGAGUUCACAUCUCAUUGUACAUUAUUUUCCCGUGAAUCCACUCUUUGAUUGUUUCAGAGGCUUGCAUCAUCAUAAAAGCCUAGAAGUGUAUUUUAAUUGUUUUACUGACGACUUACAGCAUUUUUAUUCAGUCUGUUUGAUGCAUAAUUAACUGUGGUUGCUACUGUAGAUCACUCGAAAGGGAACAUUGGGCAUUGCCAUUAUCAUGGCUCGUUUUUCAAAUGUAGAUUUUCCCUGAUCUAGAGAUAAAAACGGUAAGACUGGAUUUGCACCAUGCCAUAGUUGAUGUCGAUGCAGUAUGGUAUACAGUUUGGCAUGAAGGAAACUGCCAAAUUUCUGAUGAUUUAAGCAAAAAAAAAGUCUCCCUUUAGGAUGCAGGCCUCUGCUGCCCUCUACUGGUGAAGGGCAUUAGUGGGAAAGUAGUAAACUGAGGGUGACAGAGAUCUUGGUUGGACCAUUUCUGUGUCAAUAUUUCCUAUUUAUUUGAUCCAACAUUUAUGGGGAACAACUGGUGGUGUGGCUGCUCCUGUGAUAUUAUACUGUAUUUUAAUAGAUGACGGAACAUCAUGUAUGUGAACGUGAGUCGGGUGCUGCUUUAGUUUUGUAUCAUGGUCUGUACGUGGACACCGUCUGCCAUUAAGAGAAAGUAAACUAUAAUUUCUUGUAAUUUUAGAUUGAACAGAUUACUUCUCUAAGCUAACAAGUGCUCUGUUAACCUAAAGCUGUGUAACUAGAUUUCGUUGAGUACAUCUGCUACAUGUGAUGACACUAAAUGAGGUACAUGUACUUUAUAAAUACGUAUAUAUUUGAUAUUAUUUUAUUGUAAUUCUUUGUACUUUCUCCUUUUAACACUUUCUCAGUGUCAAUUUUUGUAUUGUGACUUUCGCCAGUAUUUCUGAUAACCUGCGGUCAGCAAUGUACUUUAAUUCCUGUUGUGUUGUUUUUUUUAGAAGUAGCUUCUGCCUUGAUGUGCCAUGUCAAUGUGUAACACUGUUAACAGCUGUCUCUUUGCUGUUGGUCUUGCUGUCUGUCAACAUUAAAAGUGAUACAGUAUGUUUUUCAUGCAACCCAAACAAAAGGCUUCUCGUCUUUGUGCUCUUCCUCAUUAGGGU